CUCUUCCUCCUCUUCCUCCCGCCGCCAUGGAGCGCCUCCUGCCGCUGCUGCUGCUGGCCACCGUGGCCGUGGGGGACGAGAACCGGAUCGUGGGGGGCCAGAGCUGCCAGAAGAAGCGUCACCCCUACCAGGUGGUGCUGCUGGGCCCCCAGAAGAACAUCCACUGCGGUGGGGUCCUCCUGGGGAGGUCCUGGGUGCUGACGGCCGCCCACUGUGACACCAAGAGCUCCAUCCCCAUCCGCAUGGGUGACCACAGCUUGAGGACCAAGGAGGGGACGGAGCAGUGCGUCAACUCGGCCAAGGCCUUCAUCCACCCCGACUACAACCCCACCACCCAUGAUGGGGACAUCAUGCUCCUGAAGCUCCAGAAGCCCGUCCGCUUCACCGACCACGUCCAGCCGGUGGCCCUGCCCCAGCGUUGUCCUCCCCCCAACACCGAGUGUGUCGUCUCGGGCUGGGGCAGCACCAGCAGCCCUGAAGGGUACUUCCCCGACGUUCUCCAGUGCGCCAUGGUCUACACCAUCUCCAACGAAGAGUGCGCCAAGCUCUACCCCAAGGGCAUCACCAAGAACAUGCUCUGCGCCGGCGUCAUCUCCGGCGGCACCGACUCCUGCCAGGGUGACUCGGGGGGCCCGCUGGUGUGCGGGGCCGAGCUGCAGGGCAUCGUCUCGUGGGGGAUGCAGGUCUGCGGCCAGCGCGGCAAGCCGGGCGUCUACACCCGCGUCUGCGAGUACACCGCCUGGAUCCACGCCACCAUGGGGGGCGACAGCCACGCCUGAACCCCCACGCACCGCCCCCCCCCCCCCCCCAAAAAAAAAAAUUGGAAGAGUCCACACCACCCCUUCCCCACCCCCUCCCAAAACACCAGGGGUCUUCUCCUCACGCCCCAGGGAAGAGCUUCUGGAAUAAAGCCCUGCGAAACGUG